GUGAUUUCAGUCCGGACGAAUAUCCACAGCGCCCCAAUAAACAUGGCUGACAUUCCAAGUGAUGCGCCACAGCACUGCCCGGGUACGGCCAGUGAGCAGGCAGGGAAGACGUCAGCAUGUCAGGGUUGUCCCAACCAGAACCUCUGUUCCUCUGGAGCCACUAAAGCACCAGACCCAGCCAUAGAGGAGAUAGCAGAGAAGAUGUUAACAGUGAAACAUAAGAUCUUGGUCCUGUCAGGGAAAGGAGGAGUAGGGAAGAGCACCUUCAGCGCACAUCUGGCCCACGCCCUGGCUAGUGACGCCACUAAAGAGGUUGCUCUCCUAGAUGUGGACAUCUGUGGUCCGUCCAUCCCCAGGAUCAUGGGUCUGGAGGGAGAGCAGGUCCAUCAGAGUGGUUCUGGCUGGUCUCCUGUGUAUGUAGAGGAUAACCUUGCGGUCAUGUCUAUUGGCUUCCUACUCAGCAGUCCUGAUGAUGCUGUUAUCUGGAGAGGACCCAAGAAGAACGGGAUGAUCAAACAGUUCCUGCGAGAUGUCGAUUGGGGGGAACUGGAUUACCUCAUCGUGGACACGCCCCCCGGCACCUCUGACGAACACCUGUCUAUCGUCCAGUACCUUAGCUCCGCCCACAUCGACGGAGCCGUCAUCAUCACCACCCCGCAGGAGGUGUCUCUUCAGGACGUCAGGAAGGAGAUCAGGUUCUGUCAGAAGGUCCAGCUGCCCAUCAUAGGAGUGGUGGAGAACAUGAGUGGGUUUGUCUGUCCCAAAUGCAAGAACACGUCUCAGAUCUUCCCCCCCACCACGGGAGGAGCAGAGAGGAUGUGUGAAGAGAUGAACCUUACUCUGCUAGGACGAGUCCCACUGGACCCCAGGAUAGGUAAGAGUUGUGAUGAAGGGAAGUCUUUCCUGAAUGAAGUCCCAGACUCCCCUGCUGCUGCUGCUUACCACUCGAUAGUACAGAGUAUCCAGGCCUACUGCUUGUCCCAUGUGACACGGGAGGAGAGUGCUGGCUAGAAGCCAGUCUGGAGGCCGCCAUGUUGCUCUGGAUGCCAGGGACGAAUCACAUGUCGAGGGUCCCUGCUGUCUGAUGAAUGAAUAAAUCACAUGUCGAGGGUCCCUACUGUCUGAUGAAUGAAUAAAUCACAUGUUGAGGGUCCCUAUUGUCUGAUGAAUGAAUAAAUCACAUGUCGAGGGUCCCUACUGUCUGAUGAAUGAAUAAAUCACAUGUCGAGGGUCCCUACUGUCUGAUGAAUGAAUAAAUCACAUGUCGAGGGCCCCUACUGUCUGAUGAAUGAAUAAAUCACAUGUCGAGGGUCCCUACUGUCUGAUGAAUGAAUAAAUCACAUGUCGAGGGUCCCUACUGUCUGAUGAAUGAAUAAAUCACAUGUCGAGGGUCCCUACUGUCUGAUGAAUGAAUAAAUCACAUGUCGAGGGCCCCUACUGUCUGAUGAACGAAUAAAUCACGCUCUGGUUUAGGAACUGAUGUAGGAUCAAGACCCCCAUUCACAAUGUGUACUGUUACUGAGACUGUGAAUAUGGGACCUGAUCCUAAAUCCAGUUCUGUUACUCUGAGACUGUUUGUGAAUAUGGGACUUGAUCCUAGAUCCAGUUCUGUUACUCUGAGACUGUUUGCCAGUAUCUGUACAGCUCUUUAGUAUCACAACUCUUGACUUUAUUUUUUAUUUUUUUAAUUGGUCGUUCACCUGAAAUGAUAUUUUGGUUUCCUUACCCUGUAAGCAGUCUUGGGACAUAGUAAGACGGUAAUCCAUGCUUUAUGCCUGUUUUACCUGGACACUGUCUCCAAAUAAUAAAUGUUGUUGUCCAAAACCUG